GUUUACCGUUCCGGUCCGGCCCCCGGCUCGGUCGGCAGGCCCUGGCAGGGGGAGGCCCAGCCCGCUCCCCCGCAACCCCGGCGGCCACCAGAGCGGGGUCCCGCAAGGCGGGGGGGCUGGUGGCACCAUGGCAUCCCGCAGCGCGGGGACCCUGAUGACCACCAGCAAUGCCGUUUACGUGCCACCCAGCCUCAUGCCCGGGUACCAAGGCUACGUCCCUAAUGUGGCCUACACCUUCGGAGACACUUACGGCAACACCACGUUGAAGUACUUCCAGGACUACCGCAACGCAGCCAUGGACAGCAGCCAGAGCCCCUACAGCAAGGGGGGAUUCUUCCCCACCAUCUUCUCUCGAGAUCCCUCCCUUGUGCUCGGGAGCCGCUCCCUCACUUGGGACCGCUGGCUGCGCACGCCUUCUUACUCCCACUUCAACCUCGACCAAAACCGCUCUGAGGAGUUGAAGGAGUUCUACCGGCUGGCCCAGAAGCACCGGGAGUACUACUGGGACAAGACGGGAAUUGUACACCCAGUCCCCUACUUUGUCCUGCCCAGGAAGGAGCGAGAACGGUACCCCAUCCCAACAGACCUGGUAUCCAGGCCUCUGAGAGGCAGGAAUGAGGGGCAUUUCUCCCCAUUGCACAGAUAUGGAAACUGAAACAUCAGGAGGUGAUGAAAUCAAAUCUCAGUCACAUGCAAUACCGGGAUUCCACUUUCUUCACCUAAUCGGUUCUACAAAGUCCCGGCACAUCCACCUUUCUCAUUUCGGGGAUGUGGGACCUAGUAGUCCCUCCCAAAAUAAAUGUAUCUGUUCAAAUUGA